AUGCUGCCUGUUUCUUUUUCUCUGCAGGCUGACUAUAUAAUGCUGUAUUCUUUAAAUGACAAUGAAGAAUUAAUUGAUGGUGGAAAAAAGAAUGCAAUAGAUGAUCUGAAAGAAGGUGAAUUAGAAGCCUUCAUCAAUAAAAUAGGCAUAAGCAAAUAUUCCAAAUUUCUGCUGGAGAAAAGUGAAGAAUGCAUUGAAAAUGAAAAUGAAAUAAAAAAGAAAGAAAAAGUUGACCAGAAAGAGAAGAAUAAAAAACAUGAAAAGGUGAGAGAGAAAUUACAAGAUAGAAAGGAUGAACAAAAGAAAUUUUCUGGAAGGAAAGAAAAGAAAAAGCUCAUUCAAGAUCAGGAAGUAUCUCGUCCCUCUGAGUUACUAAACAGGAAAGCUAAGAAACAGGUCACCUUUGAAUUUGAACCCAAAUCAUACUUAUUGAUAAAACCAGGAGGAAAGUGGUAUAAUAUGGAGUAUGCCAAUGAGCACAGUUCUGAGCCACAACAUGAGUCACUCAUCUCACAGUAUAGAAAUCUAGCUAAACAGCUUUAUGAGCAUGAGACCAAUCUUUACAGGAGUAAGAAAAAUAUCCAAAGAGGAGCAAAUUCAACAUGGAUAAAAACUGUAGUCAAAACAGGCACAUUAGCAGAUAGAAUGGCAGCUAUGACACUUAUGAUACAAGAUGCUCCAGUGCAUACUCUACACUUUGUGGAAGAAUUAAUCAACCAAAUCAAGAAGAAGGGAAGUCGGCGGCAAUGUUUAAUGGCUUUGACUACAUUAACAGAACUACUGAUCUCUGAACUACUUCCAGACAAUCGAAAACUGCAAACUUUCUCCCAGCAUCCCUUUAAAAAUCUAGAGGAGCUUGCUAGUGGGAACAAGGAUGCCCGAGACAAGCGUCUAAUAUUGUGGUACUUCGAACACCUGCUGAAGCAUCAGUUUGCAGAGUUUGUGAAAGCCUUGGAAACUUUGGCCCAUGAUGCAGUUCAAGCAACAAAAGUUCGUGCCUUGGCAACAGUCCACGAGAUAUUGUGCAAUAAGCCAGAACAAGAGAAAGCCCUGUUGAUACAGUUAGUGAAUAAAUUAGGAGACCCGCAAUAUAAAUUGGCCACAAAGGCCUCCUACCUUUUGGAAACUUUACUCCAUAAGCAUCCCAAUAUGAAAACUGUUGUGUGUUGUGAAGUUGAGAGACUUCUGUACAGGCCUAACAUUAGUCUGAAAGCCCAGUACUAUGCCAUUUGCUUUCUCAACCAAAUGGUCCUGAGCCAUGAAGAGUGUGAUCUGGCUGGGAAGCUAAUAUCCAUUUACUUUUCAUUUUUCCAUGGCUAUGUUAAAAAAGCAGAACUAGACUCUAAAAUGCUAAGUGCCUUGCUGUCAGGUGUGAAUCGAGCUUAUCCUUAUUCAAAGAUGGAUGAUGAAAAGAUGAUGGAACAAAUGGAUACUUUGUACAGGAUUGUACAUGUUGUGAACUUCACCACAAGUGUCCAAGCACUAAUGUUACUAUUUCAGGUCAUGGACUCUCGACAAACUGUGUCCAAUCGAUAUUAUGUAGCACUUUACAGGAAGCUGUUGGAUCCAGGACUGGCGCAAUGUUCUAAACAAGCCAUGUUUUUGAAUUUGCUAUACAAGUCUUUGAAGUCUGACGUCGUGCUUCGUCGUGUUAAAGCAUUUAUAAAACGGAUCUUGCAAGCCGCUUGUGGCCAAACGCCAGCAUUUAUAUGUGGAGCUCUCUAUCUCAUUUCCGAGAUUUUGAAACUGAAGCCAGGCAUCCGAGUCCUGUUACAAGAACAUGGGGAAUCUGAUGAAGAAGAGCAUUUUAAAGAUAUUGAUAACAGUGAUGAGGAACAGAUAUUUGAAGAUCUUGAUGAAAAGAUGAAGAAGAAAUCAGAUGAAGGGGAGAAAUAUAUUGAUGUUGAUGAAAGAGAUGCUGCCAAAGAACAAAAAGAUGUACAGAAUAAUAUUGUAAAUGGCAAAACAGAGUUAAUAACAUCUGGAUCGUGGUUGCAUCACAAAAAUCAAGGUGGUAAGUGUCUGGGAAACUAUGACCCAUUUCAUAGAAAUCCCCUCUCUUGUGGAGCAGACCGCAUUGGCCUCUGGGAAUUGAAGAAGCUAAGUGAACAUUUCCACCCAUCUGUGACACUCUUUGCAACAACUAUCCUGCAGGGUGACCACAUCCAGUAUUCCGGAGACCCUCUACAAGACUUUACAUUAAUGAGAUUUCUUGAUCGUUUUGUGUACAGAAACCCCAAACAACAUAAAGGCAAAGGUCCUUAA